AUGGUGCAUGUCAUUGCUACCUUCACUAUCGCUCUUGCCUCCGUGACAACUUUCACAUCGGGUGCCUCCAUGCGUUCAGAGGCCGUCGCAAUGCCGGAUGGAUCUUGGCCCGCGAGCAAAGGCACGGUAUACUUCAAGGAGCCGUACAGGGUGAAAAAGGGUCAAACGUUCGACGGUGGUAUGAAGACGUACGCGCGAACGGAUAUCAAAUGUGCUGGUCAGCAGGAGAGCGGGUGGGAGACAGCUGUCUUCAUGGUCGAGCCUGGUGCUACGCUCAAAAAUGUGAUCAUCGGCAAAGAUCAAAUGGAAGGUGUACAUUGUGAUCAGAGCGAUUGUACGAUCCAGAAUGUUUGGUGGAAUGAUGUAUGUGAGGAUGCGCUGAGUAUCAAGGGCGGUACAACUAGUAGCGUGACCAAAGUGAUUGGCGGUGGCGCACGUUCGGCUGAUGACAAGGUCAUUCAACACAACGGUUUGGGAACGGUCAUAAUUGAAGGAUUCUAUGCUCAAAAUUUCGGCAAACUCUACCGCUCGUGUGGUACGUGUGGCGAUAAAUCUCGCACGGUGAGCCUCACGAAUAUUCUGGCCGUAGAUGGCAAAGUGAGCGUCGCGACAGUCAAUAAGAAUUAUGGCGACAAGGCGACGCUACAAAACAUCAAAAUUAAGGGUAAGAAGGUCGACGUGUGCCAGUGGUCACAAGGCACGACAUCAGGGGAGCCGAAAAUAUUAGGCGCUGGUCCGUCGGGCACGCUUUGUCAGUAUUCCCCUAGUACCGUAUCGUACGUGUAA